CCCUUUAAGGGAGAAAGCGCGCUCCCGACUGCGACCUUUUAUUUAUUGUUGCUCUUGCGCGAGAAGCGGCAGUGAACGGAAAUCCAGUUCAUGUAGAUAUUUUAUAUGUGUAUAUUUUGUUUAGGAUUUUCUGAAAAAAAGAAAACUGAUAUGGAAGACAGGGAUGUGCUGAUCGCAGUGUUUCGGUGAGAGGAGAGGGGACUUGGUAGGAUAAACAUCCCAUCUGCACUUGUCUUAGAAAAAAAAAGGCUGAACAAUGGAGGACAAGAGAAAGAAGAGGAGUCCCAAAGUGUCCCUUCCGCAACCACCACCUCCGCCAGUAAACCCACGCAAACUUUCCGUCCUCCCGGCCAGCAAGAGCGCCACCUUCUCUCUGGGUCUGCCUCAGCCACCAUCCCCUAAACCCCGGGGCAAGUACAAAAGAUCUGUUGGAGCCAUGGGGACAACCAAAGAAGUCCUCACUGUCCCCGUGCUUCCACCCAAGCCUACAAGUCGGCCUCACAGAGAAAAACCCCGAGCACCUCAGCCGGCCGGCCCCAGCCGGGUCGCCCCGUCCUCCUCUCCUCUGCAGCACUCCUUCCUCACUGACGUCUCAGAUGUAAGAGAGAUGGAGGGAGGACUCCUCAACCUACUCAACGACUUCCACUCAGGAAAACUGCAGGCCUUUGGUAAGGUGUGCUCAUUUGAGCAGCUCGAGCAUGUGAGGGAGAUGCAGGAGAAACUGGCUCGCCUUCAUUUCAGCCUUGACAGCCAUGUCGAGGAGCUUUCUGAGGACCAGAGGAAAAGCGCUUCAGACCGCAACCUGGAGCACCUUCUCUCAAAUCUGGAAGAGCUCAGUAGCUCCAUACAGAAGUUACACCUGGCAGAGAAUCAGGACUUGCCCAAGGCCUCUGAUCCAUGAGACGGAAAGCAAACCAUAGCAACGUGCUUUCAUCAUGGAGCUGCUGAUUCAGCUAAGCUAAACCUACAGUGAAGAAGUGGACCGCAAAAAAGAGUGUAUAAAAACAAUGGCACCAAUGGCACCAAGCUCAAAAACUGCUAGCUAGUCCUCACUUGUUUUCUUCACAGACACCCUCUGAUUUCUUCUUUAAAGGACCAUUUCUGGUUACGUUUUCAUGCGUGUUUGCUUGGUGAAUAUUCCGAUGAAAGGAAUGACAAGAUGGCUCCACCAAAAACAGGAUUUUUGGUGUGUUCAGUUAGAAACCAUAGGAAUAUAUGAGGGAAAUUUGAAUCCUGUUGCAUAUCAGGAUGCCUUUUAUAUCCACAUUAAACCAUUUCUUUCAGUAGGCA